UGUCACAACUACUGCUCUGGAAACUACAGCUUGGGAUCCCUCAGAAAUGCCCGUCAUGUUCCUCCUCCCUCCUCCAUUGCCCUCUGCUCUACGAAUGUGAGAGGUGGGGAUGUUCUCUGCUUGCCCAGCAGCUGUCAAGACCAUACCUGGCUCCUGAACAACGGCCAAGAGACCUGCAGUGAACCUACCAGCUGCCAGCCGGCCAACUGUGAGACUAGCAACAGUGAAACUUCCAGCUGCCCUUCCUCUGGUUGCUAUGUGCCCAGACCCUGCCAAGGCACCCGUUUUCUUCCUGCUUCUUCUUACAUCUCUGGAUCCUGCUUCCCAGUAUGCUAUAGACCUCUGAGCUAUGUGUCUAGCAGCUUCCAACCCCUAAGCCUCCUCACUUAUGGAUGCCGCCCCUUGGGUUACUUGCCUGGUGGUCUUCAUCCCCACAGCAUUACCCACUAUUCUGCACAUUUGCUUCAUGUCUCCAAUUACUCCAUAUCUGCCCUCAUUUCAUAUCAUCUUCUUGUUCACCCUACCCUUUCUCUCCUUUGGGAUAAUUCUUUUGGCAUUGUGUCCAGCAGCCUCAGACCUCUGUGUCCUCUCUUCAGUGGAUGCCAGCCUCUGACACAUGUGUUUAGUACUUGCCAUCCAUCUUGCUCUGCCUGGGGAGGCCUGUAA